UGUUUCCUUGCCUUUAACUCGACAGUGGUGCUGCUGCUGCUGCUGCUGAGCUCUCGAGCAGAGUGCGAGAGUGUGUAUGUGUGUGUGAGAGAGAGAGAGAGAGAGAGAGCGAGAGAGAGCGAGAGAGAGAGAGCGAGAGCCUGCGUGCGUGUGUUUGGAUGGUGGUGGACUGCUCCCGGUGAAAAAGCACCGAACCGCCGGCCGCGUGAAAAUGCCUCACCGCCGCGUGUGAACAACCGGGCGAAACUCGCGGAGGAGGGGAGAGAGACAGAUCUCCGGGCAGGUUUAGAGGAAAAUAUAAACGGGCAGGAUGUUGCAAGUUUUAGCUUGUGGCGCCGUAGUUUUCCCCGGUCUGUUCCUCGCCUUCAGGAGGAUCCUGCCGUGUGUGUUCAAACACUGGAGCGAUGCCGACGUGGUGCUGGUCAGCGAGAGACUGGUGUCCUCCAUCCAUGCCGUCAUGGCAACCACGGCAGGAGUCAUCAUUGUGUCAUCAUGCUGGGGAAACGUCAUUAACGACAGGCACUGGCUGGCCACCCACUUUGUCAUCUGGUACGGCGUGCCCUACAUGACGUACGACAUCUUCGCCAUGUACCUCAGUCACUACCACCGCUUCCGCGUCAAAGGGCACGAGGACUACAAGCAGCAUUCACUGAGGACCUUCAACUCCUUCGUCCGCAGGGAGUUUCUGCUGGUGCUGCAUCACAUCGCCCUGCUCACCAUCCUGCUGCCUGUUACACUGUUCUUCAGAAAGGACCAGGGGGAUUUCUUCAUCGGCUGCUUGUUUCUAACAGAGCUCAGCACUCCCUUUGUCUCCCUGGGGAAGAUACUUAUUCAGCUCAGCCUCCAGGACUGCUGGCUGCACAAGGCCAAUGGCGGUAUGGUACUGUUCACCUUCUUUAUGUGCCGCAUCGCCCUCUUCCCCUUCAUGUACUGGAUGUACGGCCGCCACUACGGCAUCCCGCUCUACAGCGUGCCCUUCCACCUGCCGCUGUCCACCAACCUGGGCAACUCGUGCAUCCUGGCGCCGCAGGUCUACUGGUUUGUCCUGCUCUGCCGAAAGGGCUACCGUCUUUACAAGCGCAGCCGCAGCCCUGCCUCGUCUCCUACGGCCGCUGUCACUGACAAUUCGAAGGACGAUUGAUAUCCGAGUUCACGACUGCUCGCUCAAGCCGCACACUCAGCUACUAACGCAACUACUUCUGCAAAGGCACUAGUUUGACUUAACACAUUUCAAACCCCACCAUUGUACUGUAGUACACCAGGACUGCCUGCUCUCGUCCCACAGCUCCUGGGUAUUUUCCGCACACUUUAAUUCCUCUGUUACAAAUCUGCUGCCUACAUGGACCUCUCCACCGAUCUAAUUCUACUACUGAAGUUUGAUGAUUUGGGAGUUUUUGGAUUUGGCUCUAGCCUGGAUCUUGUUGAAGUGCUACCCUGCAUCUGUCUACAUUUUCAACACUGAAGAAAGGUCGUGUUUGCUUCACUGAGAGUAAAACGUGGAGCACAAGCACCAGAAACUGAAGAGGAGCUUCCACGGAGAGACAUUAUCUUAUCUCUUACUCCUACUGUGUUUACAGCCUCUGCUGAUUUGGAAGGUCUGUUACAGCGUGUGUGUGUGUGGGAGUGUGUGUGUGAGUGGCUGUUACAACAGGUUGUAUUUAUUUUUAUGGUUUCCCAGUAAUGUGUUGGGAUAGUUACGUUUCCUCUCUUGCCCAUUCACUCAUCAGAUUGACCAGAAGGUUCAGGAGUAGCGGUGGGUGCAAUUUCAGGCAGUAUUAGCAGGAAAGAAAAGUGAGGAAUCCACGUCAACUCACCCGCAUUUGAGAGCUAAAAACAACUGUUAAUGUUGAUACCUGUUAAUGUGAUUCAAUGUGACUUUUCAGCCCUGGUCAUUUUGUUUGUAAGUUUCCCAUUCAGCAUGCUACUGUAGCAUCAGCUCGCAAAUCUGCAACAACAAUCCCACAUUCCUCGCUGUAACAUCCAGCACAGAUUUAUAUGGUCCUGGUUCCUUCGUUUGCAGUAGCCAUCCCCCUUCAACAGGGAGGUAGAUCUGUAUGCGUCGUGUAUCACCAUGAAUUAAUGCUGCACUCGUGUUCACUCAAGGUUCAGUGUUUUCAGGAAUUCAGUUUGGCAUUAUCCUCCGGUGUUGGAGAUGGAGAAUGGUGGCACCAACAAGAGAUUGUCACAGCUUCAUUUUCAUAAAAUUAAGAAGUGCAUGUUACAUACAUACAGACCAGGCAUUACAUACCUCAUUGAUAGGAUAAGAUAUGGCCCAAAAUAUCCUGUUUUAUUACUAACCUACACACAAGGAUUGGUGAAACUCAGAUUGUGAAUUUCUGCUGUGUUAGUCUGUAUUGCAUGAGGGUUUUUUUUACCCAGUUCUGCAGAGCAGAGGGUAAGCAAGGUUUCUACUGAGAGAUUCAUUCUUUGAAUCCACAAUCUUUGUUUUCAAUGACACUGGAGCAUUGCAGCUGCCAUAGAAACGCUGCCAUUGUUGACAGCCAGAGCUGACGCAGAGCAGCUUCGGACGACAAGAGUCUUUGACGGUAACUUCCCGUCGAACGUCACGGCUGUUGGAGAUUUGUUUGGGGGGGACGUGGUGAUGCCUAAUGUGGGACGAACUCAGGGCCUAGGUCAGAGCAAUAAGGCAGAGAGUGGCUCACCGAGGCCAACUAACACAGAGUAGUGAAAUUUCUGACUAAAUGGAGGGUAUCAGGAGUGAUUAUUCCUGAAACUGAUCUGUAAUAUACUUAGAAAAUGACAUCCAGUAACUGUUUAGUUCCCCUGAGGCUCCACAGAUUUAUAUGCACUUGUGUAUCAGGUGUUGCGUUGAGCACUUCACACAGGGCUGUAUAUACUUAAUGUUUUUAGACAUCUAUGUUUAAUUUCAUUUAUGUUUUAAUUUCAUCACAGAAAAAUAGUUUUAAACCUGUAUCUAGAUAUCGUAACCAGACCUUAAAGGAUCAUUUUUAUCAUGCAAGGCAAUUUUUGUUGUUGUUGGAUUCAUAGUUGCAUGAAGACAUUUAUCUUAAAGACAUUCAGUUUCCAUCCUGAGAAUAUUAUUCCUUCAUAUCACUAAUAAAUAGAAGAUAUUCUGCAGGGUUUGUUUGAUACACAGUGUAGACCUUGGAGUUAACUCCUUGGAUAAUAUUCUUGGUCAUCUAAGCUUUAUACUGAAGUAACUGAUUAAGAAUGCAUUAAUGGCCUUUUUUUCAUGUCCAGCAAAUUCAAUCUAUGCAAAAGAGGCUGCAGUGCAUCUAUACAACACUAACAUCAAGCCAUAUCUGAUUGAUAUAUUGAUACAUUCUUUUUCGGGACCCUACAUUUAUUUUCACUACAUCUCUGCUGGUACUCCACACCACGUAUGCUGCAUUGUUGCUUUUCUCCUUUUGGCUUGGUCUUUCAAACUUACCUCACCUUGUUUUUUUUUUCACUAAUCUUCUAAGUUUAUGUAAUGCUAUAUUUACGCUGAUGACCAGUUUUUGUAGCGUAUGCCGACACCUUUACAACUUAAGCUCAGUGGACAAAUCUGAUUUGAUAAGGCUGUCACUUUUUCAAAAAAAAUCUAGUUUGAACUCAACUCUCCAACAAACCUAAUCCUAAACUACACUGUAGAACUUUUUGUUUUGUGUCACAAAUUCCUUAUUUCUUCCAUUUUGCUUUUAAAGGUGCUGUAUGUAAGUUUUUGCCAUCAGCUGUUUACUUUGAGUUCAGCAUCAAACUUUCCUUUACUCACCAAGAGCUGCGUUAGAAAGCAGCGCCAGCGUUUUGCUUCCAGUUUUAUCACUUCUUUGCUUCUACUGAGGCUAGCAUGCUAACUAGCUAGCCCUGUCAUCACUUUACGAUAGCGACUGGCUGUCCAGACUACCCUAAAGACGUAGCGUUACUCAGAAGGUGUGUUAUAACCUCGACCAUCACCACCACCCGCUCCUGGCAAGUAACCAUGUUUGGCAGCAGGGAAAACUUACAAAUAGCACCUUUAAAACAACCCGCAGCAGGCAGUGAGAGUCAAAUGAUGAUUGUUGGUCAUACCAAGUAAGGCUGCAGAAGCAAAUCCCCUGAAUGUGCUGAAUUGAGCAAGGAUGCAUUUUAUUGCUUUUGAAUCCAACUUUUAAUCUGUUUAAUUUCUAAUAAAAAGUGACAGCCCCAUAACAUGACAGCUGUUUUGAGUCUCAAAUAAAAUGUGUCAACUCUCAAGCAUCAAGACUGCUUAUAGGACCAGUGUGUCGCUGUUGCAUUGUGGGUUCUGUAGUGUUAACUGUGCCCUGUGUGGGGAUCUUGUUUAAACCUCCUGUACGGCAGACAUGUUGGCAUCCACGUCUGGUGGGAACAGCGUUGGACGGGAAAGGUGAUGAGUCUUCUUGUUAGUAGACAGACAGUCUGUUUGCUGACCAGCAGCAUGAGGAUGAGGGAGUAAGGGGAGACGAGCUGCUGAAUGAUGGGCUUGUUUGUCUCAUUUGGCCGGAGCCCAGGAGAGUGCAGGCCUCUUUUGUCCGAGGUUGACUGGGCCACUGUUUCUGGAAACAUCCCAGGCUCUUUGUCCUGCUUUCAGCUGAACUCUCCCACUCUGUUUUUUACCGUCCUGUUUUUAUUGUCCUCUUACAGGCUCUUACAUUCACUUGUCUCCAGAUAUGUAAAUGAAACCAUCACAACAUUAGUUUAUACAUUCAUAGAAUACUCUUUCUGAUCAGUUUUCUUCUUUUUAUUUAAAGAUGCAACUCAUUCCUUUUACUUGUACGUCACUUAUCGCCUUCUUGCUUCCUGCUUCCUGCCUCCAUCCUCCUCAUUUCUCUUGGCUGAUGUGCUCUGCAGUCGUACAAAGUUGCUGAGAGCGUCAGCAGAGCAGAGCGAGCCCUCCCCUCCUCUCUGCUGCCAUCUGUCGUCAGGAUUAUCUGCUUGUCCACUCAGCACUUCAGCCAGUUGGGAUUAGCAGGGUUAGGUGGGCAUUUUCUAUUAAAACUGUGCAUGUCUGCUGCCUUCAGAUACAUAUAUCUCAGCUCCCAGCCACCAUGACCUCACUGUAAAAACUGACACAUGGCUUUGUUUUCAUGUUUGGGGAUAGGUUUAGUCUGGUGUGAUACUGCAUAGACUCAUGGCUGACAUUAUUUGACAGUUCACCACCUAAAAUAGUUUGGUAUGGCUGUGUUUGUUUGAGGUGCAGUAGCCUGUUGUGACAGUUUGAGCUUUGCAGAACAUGCCCCCUCUUGACUUCACCUAGGACUUAUUUUUUACGGCCUUUAAAGGGUCAGUUUUGUCCAGGACUCUUAUUCUGACAGGUCAUGGAAAAUGUUAAAUCUGACCGACAGUGAUGGAAAUGUCUGUCACAGAGUUAGAAGGUUAAAUAUGAAGUUCAGGGAACUUGGUUCGUCAAGAUUUUAACAGUCAUCCUCCAGGCUUAGCUUUGAUUUCAUGGAAUAAAUAUAGAAAAUAUGACAUUCCACCAUUUUUCAUUUACAUUUUCCUAUAUUUUAUCAUUUUUUAAAGAAGUUUAUUCUUUCUUUUCAAAUUAACUUGUAUUUGUAUUUGUCCAAAAAUUCAAAUGAAAUUACUAUACUUCUAAAAAAUUAGCUGAUGAUAUUGACUGUCCAACACUGAAUUGUUAAUUUAUAAAAACCUACAUCUAGUGAAUUCAUCUGACCUGACAUAAGCUUAAAGUUUUCUUCACUGACUACAGUUUCAUAGCCACCGGAUGACACGUUAUUUCAGUUGCCAGGAGUCUGGAUCACUGCCACAUAAAAUCAUGUCGCACAUAAACAGCGUCAUGGCAGACAGAGUACACAUAUCUUAACAGGAAGUCGUUAUCACUCAUUAUACUCUUAAUGUAGGAAGUCUUAAGUUCAACCUCUUUGCUCAGGGUUUGAUGAAGCUUGAUGAAGUCGUUGACGUGUGUGUGUGUGUGUAUAGAGGUUUAUUGUAAGAUGAUGAGCUGUGAGACUGACUCUGGAGAUGAUCACAUCUGGAAUGAUUUGCUGAUUCUUUUCUAUAUGUGUUUUUCUAAAGCAUUAUUUUUUCCCCUUAUAGACUUUUCUUCUAUUUAUGCUAUGCUGACAUGGCUUGUGAACCUUCAACUCCCAAGGGUUGGAAAACCAAAGACUGUCAGGCACUUUAGUUAAUCAUAGUAACUGUAGUGAGAUGAAGAGAGAGCUGUUUGAUUUUCAGUAGUUUAGACAUGCUGUAGAUGAUUUAUCACAAUAGGAAAGUGACCCACUUUUCACUUAAACAAACACAAGAACCCUCCAGUCGUAUCCUCUUUCUUUGGAUCCCAGAGAGUGACCAGCAUGGUGGGUGUGUGGAUGGAUGUCUCCUCUGAGGAUGUAGUGGAGCAGAGUACAGACUAAUCAGGUGUUUAGUCGAUUCUCCACUAACACGCAGCUUAAAUAUAAAAUCUCCUUUAUGAGGCAGUUAUAUUUUACAUAAUAAUUAUAAGCUGUUCAGACAUACCAGUUCUGAAUGAAAGGAUAUACUUUAAUCGUGUGCCACCUGUUGAACGAGAACAUGGACACCACAAUUAACCUGUGUGCAAUACUGGCUACACAUGCUAACACCAUUUAGCAUGUGCCCACACUGUUUAGCAACAGUCUGCGUCUUGCUAACACUUUUUUGAGCAAGAGUUGACUCCAUGCUAACGCUUUAGCAUAUGGUACUAAGGAGUGGAUAUAGACUACAUGCUAAUACUUUACUUUUCAAGUGAUAGCAAGCAAGCUAACACUUGGUGGUUGACUCAAAUAGGGAAACCUUAUCACACGCUAUGUUAAGUGAUAGUUGGCCCCGUGCUAACACUUCAGCAAGGGCUCACACUACACCGAGGACAGGUUUUAUUAGUUAUAAGUUACUCGGGGCUAGCUUGUGUUCCUCGUUGAGUUUUCUCACGUUGCUGGAUGCUAACACCUUGUCAAAAAUGCAGAUUGAAGAAGAAGAAAUGAUGAGUAAAAACAUUUAGGAGCAGAAGAAAAUUAUAAAUGGGGCAGGCAUGCUGUGCCGUCAAAAUGCAAAACACUACUUUUAUCACAAGUUUUAUUUUGAUUUUGUCCAAAAAUACUCGAUAUAUGAGACUUGGCUUGAUGUCAUCAGCACAAUUAUCACUAACCAGGGAAACAGCAGUGGCUAAUUUCGGUGUCUAUUUUCACGUCAUUUAAAGGGCAAGUUGACAAAGACACACAUGGAUUUCUUUGUCAUUAUACAUCCAGAAAUAACAAACAGUGUGGCGCUAACGCAUAUGUCGGUCAUGUUUGGAGCUAACUGUGGGUUGUUGAGAUGUGAAUGAUGAUAACCACAUGCGGGGUCUCUUCUACCACCGUGACACUUUUUGGUAUAAUUUUGCUGCUUUGUAUUGUCACAUAUCCAUUCAGGGUUGGUUCCUCUUUUUCUGGGCAGUGCAGGACUAAUGCUGGAUAUGGGUUUUAAACAUAGAACGGGGUUAAAAAAUAAAUGAAAAUGUGGUCUAAUGCCAUGUUCAUGUCAUGUUGGAUGUAAAUAUGAGCUGCUGGGUGGAGAGUGUCUUACACUGGGAUCAGACUACGUGAUAUUAGCAUGAUUAUGGCCUAGGGGAACAAAAGUAAGACAGUUUCUUCUUUCUCUUUGUGUUGAUUUUAAACAUGUAGCAACAAUAUUCUGUUGUUAGGCUUCUUCUGAUAUGAUGUGAAUGCGGCAUUAGACUGGUGAAAUGCACAAAAAUGAAUGAAGCGUGUUGCUGGGACUGAUUUUGAUCUGUGGACAGUGAACCAAAUUUGGUCUCCAGUGCCUUGUGAAAAAUCUAUCUGUGAUACCCACAAAUCUCAGUAUGAAAGAGCUAAGCUGGCAGGCAGUGUUUACAGGUUGUGGCUGUAUUUAUCGUGUUUAUCAUCAUCAUCGUCGUCAUCGUGUCCUUAAGGAGAACUACACUUUAAGUCGUUUUGUUGCUCACAGAAAUAAUCAAGAAAAGUCUAAUCGUUUGUUUUAAAAAUCAUAACUGGGUGAAACUAUUUGAAACAGGUUGCUAUGCAUUUACUGCUAGAAUAAGAAUAAAGUCAUUUAAUUCUGUUGAGAUUAAUAUUUUGUAGUAUUUCACAUUUUGUAGCUUUUAAUCUUUGUUUUCAAAUUACUGAACGAUUCCCAUAAUGUUGUUUUUCUACAUGGAUUCAUUUGAGGAUGAAACCCUUUAAAGCAUAUACAUAUUACAUAUUGUAGUCCUGUUUACGUUUGCUGUGUCUCUGUUGUUUUAGACCUUCUCAUCUGUCAGUUUGGUGGGCGUGUAUGUUUUGGAGAUUUUGGAUUUUAAUCCCGACCUGCUGUUCAUUAUUAGUCACCUCUCUUUGGUUAUGGGUGUGUAACUGACUUAAAUGCAGCACCUUCACAACCUUUAACACUUCCUGCCCCACAUUAUUUUUGAUAGCAUUCUAAUUUUUCAUACAUAUAUAUCAGAUUUGAUGCAUCUGUCCUUUUUUUGUAGCGUGACCUUUUUUCGAGGAACUUUCCUAUCUGAGAAGAGACUGGACUGUUUUUUGAAAUAACUUCAAACUAUUGAUGUAAGAGGAGUAAUGUACUGUAGCUGCAAUUUGUGAAUUCAGAGCACCCCUUUAAAAUUCAAUAAAUUUGAUUUGAUAGAC